ACAAAAACAAAAACAAAAACAAAAGAAAAGAAAAAAAAGAAUCUGCGGACACCUGCCUCUCUCUCUGUCUGUGUCUGUGUCUGCGUCUGCUGCAGGCUCUCAGUCCAACAGUUACAGAUACCGUUACUUAGAAGUAUCUCAGCGUUCCGUUACCCGCCGCCUUGGAGUUUUUAGAUUUUAAAAAAAGCUUUUAUAAACAAAUAAAUUAAAUAAUUAAACUCAUCACCUCCUCCUCUUCCUCCUCUGCCUCUAUAUUGAAUUCCGCAACUGCCUUCCUUUUCACGUCACUUGUCCUUUUCUCUCUCUCUUCUCUCUCCUCUCCUCUCUUCCCUAUCUCUUGCUGCCCUAUAAAUGUCACCCAUCACCUAAAAGCUUCUUCUACAAUUGUCUUCCAUAAUUUAUAUUUUGUAUUAUUAUAAUUUCUUAUAUUAUAUAUAUAUAUGUAUAUGGUAUUGUUACAAGUGUUCCUAGUGUUGAUCUUUGUUCUUGUCCUGUUGUCUUUGAAUUAAGCAUAUCAUAUUGAGAUUGUCUCUGUAGAGAUGAGUGGCAACAACAAUGUUAAUCUUCCACCCGGUUUUCGAUUUUAUCCCACUGAGGAAGAGCUCGUUGUUCAUUUUCUCCAGCGUAAGGCCGCUCUUUUACCUUGUCAUCCCGAUGUCAUCCCUGAUCUUGAUCUUUAUCCUUAUGACCCAUGGGAACUUGAUGGUAAAGCACUAGCGGAAGGUAGGCAAUGGUACUACUAUAGCCGGAGAACACAGAAUAGGAUAACUGAAAAUGGGUACUGGAAGGCAAUAGGCAUUGAUGAACCUGUCCUUACAAACGCCAACAAGAGAGUUGGAAUUAAGAAAUAUUCACUGUUUUACGUCGGAGAAGCUCCUGGAGGAAUGAAAACUAAUUGGAUAAUGGAGGAGUACCGAUUAUCAUCAUCGGAUUGUCCUUCUAGUAGUAGAUCAUCCAAAAGAAGAGGACAUCCAAAAAUAUUUAAUAAACUUGCAGGACUAUAGUAAAUGGGUUAUUUGUAAAGUAUAUGAGAGAAACUGUGAUGACGAGGAUGAUGGAUCGACAGAACUUUCGUGCUUGGACGAAGUUUUCUUGUCAUUAGAAGAUAUGGAAGAGAUAAGUUUGCCAAACUAGUGACUUCGAUUCAAGAUGUAAUGUCGUAGUAAUCCUAUCCAAGUGUAGCCUUGUAACUUUGUGUUGUUAUGUUUUAAUGAAAUGUUACUUAGUCA